AUGAGCGAAGUUCAAGAACCUGAAAAUGACAAAGUGGAAUCAAACAUUGUUCUAGAACCUCAAGAAAUUGAAGAAGGUGAAAUCGAAAAGUUAAAGGGAGACACUGUAGGUGAUACUCUCUAUAGUAGCAAAUGGAUAAUUAAUAUUUUACUUUCAAUAUCAAAGGUUUCUGAAGAUGGCUGGAAUGAAAAAGUGGAAAACGACUUAUGUACAUUAUGGGAUAUGAGUACAGAGAAAGACAUUGUCCACUUCCUAAUGGACAAUGACUUUAUUAAAAUUGCAGAGUUUGCUUUGAAUUCCUCUGAAGAACCAAGAUUUACGGAAAUAAUUUUGGGAAUAAUUGGGAAUAUGACUUGUGAACCAUCAGUGCUUGAUUUAUUGGGAGAAAAGGAAGAACUUCUUGAAACUAUUCUUCGACUACUUUCUUCUGAGGAUUCUGCUACAUUGGUGCAAAUACUACGACUUUUACGUUCUGCACUUUGGAAUAUUCAAAUCAAUCCAGAAUCAAAGUGGAGAGUUAAUUUAAGAAAUUCAACUUUUUUAAGAGAGGUAGUUCCUUUCAUUUUAAAAAGUUCUACAAAUGAGGAACUUUUGAUCACAACGACAAGUUUUUUGCGUUCUUCGGCAGAAAUCGAUCUUUCAUCUGGAAAAACAUUAUUAGAUGAAUUAUUUGAAUCUUCUAGUUUUCUACCAGGAAUGUUAGAAUCUUUUGAAGAAGUCUUUCCUCAAGAUGAAGCUCCUUAUUCAACUUCAACUUUGAAAUAUCUUGAAGAUUGGUUAGAGUUAUUUUCCAAUCUUCAAAAAGGACAUCAAAUUCAUCAAGAAAUUUUACAAGGAGAUAAUUUAAUCAGAACAGUAGAGAUCUUACGAAGAAUUUUAACAAGUUUUAUCGAUCCGUGGAAUCUUUACCCUUUAGAUGAAACUAAAGCUUCUUGCGUUCAUCGAUGUGCAGAAAUGAUUCUCGAUUUUCGAUGGAAAGGAUUUUUGAGAGCAGAUUCUACCCUUGAUAUAGAUGCAACAAUUUUAAAAAUUAUAGUCAGCAUUAAUACAGUAAUAAAAGAAGAAGAAGAGGAUUCUGAAGAAACUAUGGGAGAAUUAGUAAAGUAUCUCGAAGGAUAUUGGAUUGAAGUAUCAAAGAUUUCUUCCACAGAUGAGAUUAUAAAAAUUUUGAAAACAAACGAAAAGGUUGUUAUUGAACAUACAAUAAAUUUAUUAAAAUCAAAAAUUCCUGCAGAAAAAGUUAACGGUAUAAUGAAUGGGUUAUGA